GCCACCAUAACACCAAUGCCAUAACUGUGCCAUGACUGUGCUAAACCAUAGCCUGCUAAACGCUUGAUAUGCUGUUCUUUUCCGUUGUCUUUUCUUGUGACGCUUUGUAAGCAGUGAUACUGGCACCAUUGGUACCAUUUCCAAUAUGUACCGCACAAGCGGGUUCUAUUGGAAUACACAGUAGCUGUGUACUUUUCUUUGGAUUUUGUAGAACAAGUCGUGAGAGUAACCAGUUGACUGGGAGCUCGCUUUGCGGCGACAUUCAAGAUGUAAACGAUUGGCUCGGCUAGCUCGGCGCUUGUGACAUCUGAGAAACUUUCUGCAGUUCAACAUGCCGACGGUCAUCCUGCUAGAUGUGUCGCUGUCCAUGUGUCGACCUGUGACGACACCCGACAGCUCGGAAUCGCUCCAGCUGCGCCAACUGGCCGUGCAUGGCAUCAAUGCUUUCCUCGAUCACAUGGCACAACAUUGUAAACUGGAAUUUUGUGCAUUGGUGGUAUUCUCAUCACUUUGGGAACUGGUGGUGCCAUUCACACGCGACACCGAGAGCAUCAAGGCAGCCUUGGUGCAGAUGGAGUGCCACGAUCGCACAGACCUCAACCUUGGUUUGCAGGGAGCACGACAAGUGCUCCUCGAUGAAUGGGGUUCUGCAAUGCCAGCACAGGUAAUUCUUGUCACCGAUGGUGCCCUUAGUGGCUGGCGGGGAUCAGAGGAUGGCGGUCCAGGACGGCUACAUGCUGUCUGCCUGCACCCUGCAACUGGCGCGCCACCCCCAGCUCUUGGUCCACUGGGGCGCCUAGCUCAGCGAAUGGGCGGCCGUCUGUUCCUGCCCGAAGGAGGCCUGUCAAUCCGUAGUGUGCAGCAAGCUUUUCUGAAUUUGGCGCAGGCACAGUAUGCACCUUUUCACGGCGUGCUGCGUUGUGGCCAGCUCUGGUCCAGUGUCAGCCUCUGUCCACCACCAGAACCCCAGAAGAGGCCACAGGACUUUGGCUGGGCCCAGCCAUCAACGACCAUCCAGGUUUGCGGCUUCCUUGGGCUGCAACAGGUGGCUAAUCCACCAACUCUGUCCCGUCACUUGGUGCUCCCUGCACCAGGUCCUGAAGAGGCAAGACCCACUGAACCCAAGGAAGGAGGACGUACAGGCGAAGAAGAAGAAGACAGCGAUGAAGGCAAACAACCAUCUUUCUGUGUCUUGUUGCACGGGAGCCUCAAGGUUGAAGGCAUGGUGGCCCUAUGCCAGAUAGGACAGGACUGGUACGGCAUGCUCUACUCCUGGGCUGACAGCAAGAAAAAGUCAAAUCUUAUGCUGUCUACCUUUGAGCCAGGGCUCGAGGCAGUGCCGUGGCUUGGCAAGUUGGACCAUUUGGGACCGCAGGCACUGGCUCCUUUGGGGAGCGAAGCACUUCCUGUUAAGUCAAACGACAAGCACAGCUACUCGCACAACUCGGUCGUGUGGAUCCGCCAGUCUGACCUGCAGGCAGACAUCCAGAAGAUUCUGCGGCAUGCACGGAAGCUGCCAGAAAAGACGGCAAACUUCUAUAAGGAAUUGAACCGACUGCGGCGCGCUGCACUCUCGCUUGGAUUUCACGAGCUUUUGGAAGGCAUGGCCACAAUUCUAGAGCGAGAGUGCACACUGCUGCCAGGCUCGGCUCAUCCGGAUGCUGCCCUGCAGCUGAGCCAUGCGUCGUCAUUCUUGAGGGGCCCCAGCUGCAAGGACUACACGGCGGCAUUGACACCACUGCGAACCAAGUUCUCUUCUCAAGACUGAUCAUCGAAAAGUGCUGUAGAGAGACAUUCAUAUGGGUGAAGGCGUCUGUUGUACCCAUGUCACACAUGUGCUUUCGAUGACAGUUGAAACCAGUGACCUCCUGUUAGUUCUUUCAAGAAAGAUUUUCCUCAACAGAGGCACUAGUUGUUUGUUUCAGUAGCUGUUGAAUGUAUAUCUGUAUGACACAGGUAUGACGUGCAGCACACCAAACCCAAGUUGGAAAAGACGCAUAUAAAUGAACCACUGUCUGUGGUACUUAUCACCUCAUAUGUAAUUUUCCUGUCCUGACAUGUUUUUUUUUUUGCUGUAAUGUUAGUCCUUACACAGUUGAACAAGGAACUUGUAAAUACAUGGUAGGCACUUUAUGUUGUACCCUUUAUACGCACUUGCAAUGUGAUAUGAGCUUUUGUAAAUUACUUGUGAAUAUUUAUCUCUGUGUCUGGAAGUGACAGUCAAAAGUGUGAUACGGGCACUGUUUAUAAGAUUAAGGUAAUGUUACAUUCAUAAGUUCGUGUGCCUAAACACAGCAUUAUUGGAACUCUUCUACUGAAACCUUGAGAAGACCUUCAUGCUAUUACAUUCCUGGAAGCAACAUUGAAAUAGGCUGUUAAGUUAGAAUAUAGCACGGACACAUUAUGCAGACAUUUCCCAAAGAAUAAAUUGGCAAAUGCAGUUAAAUCUUUUAACAAAAUUGAUUUUACAGCUGAAAAAAUUGUGUAAUCAUAGUUUUUAACAGUGCAGAUGAUCUUAUUCCCAUAACAGUCGUAUUGGCUGACACGACAUGAAUGGGCAAUUUUGAGCAAUGUUAAGGCUGUGUUGAGGAAAAUAGCCCAUUUUUGAUGCCAUAGCUGAAAAGACCGCCAUUACCGGUUGCCAGAAGUGACGCAUGACUUGAUGCAAGGCACCUCGGCAUGACCUUCGGGAUAAGCCCAGACCACACGUAUGCUUGCUUUUGAUAGCGCUUUACAAUGUGCGACCUGGAUUUGGCCACAAUCCAUUCGUCAAACUGGUGCAGGGCAAAGCCGGUCCACAUCACGUAGCAUGGCCCGACUGGAGUUGCGCAUAGCUGCGUGUGCUACAUAGCGCAGCUGCCCUGUGGUGUCAUGAUGAGCCUGCUCGCCAUUGAUGCGCUCGGACAACUGCACGCUCCGAUUAGUUUUUGCGGGUGACCUAGCUCCAGGUGCUUGCAAUGUGAGCCAGCCGAAGUGCCUGGCACCCGCAGUGUGCUGAAAGAAUUUUGGAGGCGGUGUGUUCGAAUUUGUCAUAGUGGCAACACCAGAUGCACACAUUGUCCGCUCAGGUGCUAUUAAAAGCUGCUAACAAGAAAACUAUACAAUUACCAGCCCUGUGGCCUUGCCAAGAUUGCUUCAGUCUGAUUCACUACUCAUUUAUAGCAAACUUAGCCGAAGUGAAAUUUAGUUACAGUUGGCCUUUCAUGAAGGAAGAAAGAAAUAAUCGGGUAGCCAGCACGUAAGUGUACGAAUGCAUCAAUGGUAAUUUGUACAUGGCAUGCUACCUAGAAAAGCCAAGGUUUAAGAAAUUGUUUCUUUGUCUGGAAACAAAACCAGUAAAGUUUUGAUAGUGUCCAUUCUACAGGACUGGUCAAUUCACAUCUUGCUCUUGGUAGUCUAUCAAUGAUACGUACUUGUGGGGUUAAAAGGAGACGCUACAUUCAAGAAAAAUACCAUCGAAGGAAAGAUUUCUGGCUUAAUUCACUAAGCACCACUUGGAAAAUUGUUUCUCUCCCCUAAAUAAAAUGCAUGAAAAGUUCACAGAAUGUAAAACCACUGCCACAUGCAAGCCAUGAUUAGUGCUACAUGUAUAUACAUGUGGCAUGCUAGAGCUGUUAGGACUCUGCAUUACCACAAAUGGGGUGUGUACACUAGGUUUUAUUGUUAGUAAAAUUUAAAAAAUGUAGUCACCUGCAUGAAUGGUUGGUAAUGUGCAGAAGAGAAGAACCCACUAUUGUGCAACAUAAGCAUAAUGGGCUAACUUUGCGGUGUGCAAAGCAGUGGCUUGGAAGCACUGUGAUAGGAUGUCAGUGGUGACAAUGGGGUGCACAGGGCUACUGAUUGAGAAAAAAUGUGCACAGCUAUCAAUAUGUUCAAGUUAAAACUGUGAUUUUCUGUACUUGAGAAGUUUUCAGGAUAGUUAGAAAGCAAAUGAAAAAAAUCUGGUAGGACUUCCAGUGUGCUGAGCAUUGCUUUGAGAGAGAUGAAUACCAUGUAUGGAUUUCUUUCCUCUCUUACUGUACCACGAAUGCUGAGCAAUGCCCUUAACCCUUUAACCCCCAAUCUCAAGUUGUACUCGGCAUGGGAGGUUCUACCCAGUUGUACCAAUAUUGCCAAUGACGAGCACGGUCAGUAAUUGGCUUUGGUUUCAGUUUUCAACACUACAAAGCAAUGCAAGUUCGGAUUAAGGAUCAAGUGAUGUAUUUUCAGAAUCAGAAAUGACUGCAAAAAUUUAUUGCAUAAAAGAAUUGGGAAAAUUUAGCAGUAUGCUUUUCUGGAAUUAAUUUUAGUGUUAAAGCGUUAGGACUCACUCCCACUUCAAUCAUCUCAACAAUUGCAAAUAGUGUUUAAUAAUUGCGUGCUAUUAAAUUAACACAAUUGCACAUUCAGUCUAGUCACUGUAACUCCUGCCAUCAGAGGACAGGAUAUGGUGAACACUCAUUAAUAUCACAAAUGAAGCCAAAUGGGGUUCAUGCAAAUGGGGUUCGAAGGCGAAAUGUGUGUGCACUUGUAUUUAACUGCACAUUAAAGAGCCCUCCAUGUGGUCUAAAUUAAUCCACUCUUCUGCUAUGGCUUCCCUUGUAAGCCACAAUGCAGCUUUUGAACUUAAAGCUUUGGUGAUCAUGAUGUGUCACCAUAUCUUGACACACAUUUUAGGAUAUCCGUAGUGUGUUUGAACAACACAAAGCCUAUCGUGCUACAACUUUACAUGCUCAGACAUUACGAUGUGCCUAUGUUGAGCAGGGAGCAGCUGAAGACUCUUUCAUGCAGUUUUAUUUAUUUGUAUGGUGUGUCUGCUAAAAUAAGUGAGAUAUUUAAUCAUUGCUAUAGUACUCAACAUGGCGUUGCAUGCAGAGCAUUCUGGUGGAACUAUGGGGCAUUGUUCAUAAAAUGAAGUGAAUGAUGCUUUUUCAUCAUCUGUGCAGUAUUUUUACAUUGACACAGUGUGGUUAUAAUUGAUGAGCAUCCAGUUUGAGGUAGGCUGCUGGCUGGUGCAUGCCUUCAUUAUUGAUUCUGGUCAGUGGUCUAAGCCACCUUUCUUGCUUCAGGAUUGUCCUGGCUUGUCUUGCUGCUCCGAGUUCAAGGCAGCUGUCUCCACAGUCCUCUUGAUCAUUGAUUGUAAGGUGUUCAGGGGCUUCACGUGUUGGUAGUACGUGUGCACUCGACGUGUGUAGUGACUCUGCAACAGCAUACAUUAGGGACAUGAGGCUUGAGACUCUACAGGAGCUCAAUAUUGCACAUCAUUUUUUGUUUGGGAUUUUAUGAAAAUAUUUUUGUGAGAAAUACAAAUUCAAUUUUGUGCCAAUACAAUAUUGGUGAUGGUGGUCAUCACGCAUGUGACACAUGUAACUUACUAGCCUAAUUAAUUAAUCAAAUUACCUGACAUAGUGGAUUUGUUGGCAUAGUGGCACCGCUAAGCCCAGGGCAUGGGAUCAAAUCCCGGCCACUUUUCUGUGCAGUAAAGGUGAAAUCACUUCAUCCCAGGCAUUGGGUGCACAUUAAAGAGUCCCAGAUGGUCAAAAUAAUUCUAGAGUCCCCCACUAUUGCCUGACUCAUAAUCACAGUGUGGUUUUGACACCGAAAACCUCAGAAUUGAAUUAAUCAGGUGGUUAUAAGCAUUAAGAGACAUGUUGCUGUUGUAUUCGAAAAUUGCCUUUAUUUUUUCUAUACAAUACAAAGGACCACAGACUAAAAGCUACAAAAGUGUAGCUUGAGUACACUUGAGGCCAGUCAGUUGGAGUUGACAACAAGAAAUAAUAACACUAAGGUAUUUAUUCACUUAAACAAGUACACUUGUAACCUUCCAAAAUGUAGCUUGUGUGCAAAACUAGGCAGUCCAGCUUGACCACAACUGUGACAUCUAAAUUAAUCACUGAAUAACAAAUACUGACUGUUUUUAAUAUUUGGUACACAUAAACACAGUACAAACGCUUCCCAACAGCCAAAACAUAACAUUUAUUUAACUACAUUUGUCUAAGGAGCAGGAUACAGUCAAGAACAAUUAGAAUGGCAAGAGUACAACAGACCCUACAACAUUGCAUAAUAUUUAACACACUAGAGCAAAAGAAAUGAGUGUAUAAUGUAAGGACAAAUGAAAAUGUCAGCGCUGAAGGACACAUCUUUCUCACUCCACUGAAGCUAAUGAAAGCAUAAUUCAAUUUUAAUUUAUUAAAAUGUGUAACCGGGAAGUCAUGGCUUCUUUUCCCAUAUUCAGUAUAAACAUGCAGUACAACACACAUCUCUAUGUAGCAAAGAGGGCGGACUUCCACGUUCGUAAUUUUGAAACUUUCUAGAAAAUAUUUCUUAUUCAAUGCAGUUAAUGCUCCGUAUAACAAAGCUUAAUAUAUCGAAAUUCUCGAUAUAACGAAGUGUUUACCUUUUUAUAACUUUUUGGCCAUAGUACACCACGUAUAUUGAACUUCAAUAUAACGUGUGUUUAUUCACGAUUUAUACAUCAAAUGUUCUUGACUCCGCGAACGAAUACAGAGACAAUAAAUGGAGAUUUCCGCGGA